CUAUCCCUUUACUUCUCAUAAAAUCUCAAAUCAAACACUCUUCCAACUUUCAUCAAGUAAGAAGUCAUGGCCUCAAUGAAAACCAUCAUUACAUCUUUACUUCUUUUUGUUACCUUGUCAAACAUGAACCUAGAAGCUCGCAACCUUUUGCAAACAACUACACAACCCAAUUUGCCAAGCAUUCCCACUUUACCAAAACCAACAUUGCCUUCAAUUCCAACAACAUUGCCACCAUUGCCUUCUAUUCCAACGUUGCCUUCAGUCCCAACAACAUUGCCACCUUUGCCUUCAAUGCCAACAUUGCCUCAACCUCAAGGUAAUGUUCCUCCAUUGCCUACCAUCCCUUCAGUGCCUAAGCUCACUAUGCCACCACUUCCUAGCAUUCCAACCAAUCCAACACUUCCAUCUCUCAACUUUCCACCAUUUCCAUCCAAUUCACUUCCCAACCUUCCUUCAAUCUCAACCAUUAUCUCCUCCAUCCCUUUCUUCUCUCCACCACCUUCAACAUCUACCCCUUGAAGUCUUUUCGCGUGUUCAUAUCGUUAUUGUGUGAUGUAUACUGUUGGAGAUUAUGAUGAUAGUAUUAUUAUUGUAUGGUGUGAAAAGUUUGUAUUUCAUUUCUAUUUAUGAAUUUGGCAGUAUUGUUUGUACUUUCCUUCAUCUUAUAGAUGUUUAAUUACACAUUUAGAUACAAGUAUACAACUAUGAUGUCUACUUUCUUCUUCUGAA